AUGGUCAGACUUCCCUUCCACGCCGAGCACAUUGGCUCUCUUCUCCGUCCUGCCGACCUCCAGGAGGCCAAGACCAAGGCUGCCAACAAGCAGCUCUCAGAUGCUGAGCUCGAGGCCGCUGAGCACAAGGCCAUCACCCACAUUGUCAAGCGUCAGCAAGAUGAGGGUGUCCGUCCCAUCUGCUCAGGCGAGUACGACCGCAAGGUUUACUUUGGUGGUUUCUUCGAGGAGCUUGAUGGCUUCGAGGAGGUUGAGGAUGCUCCCUGGGACCUCUACAGACUUUCUGCUCCCCCAAUUGCUGCCCUGAAGAAGGCUGGCCUCAAGUACCCCAUGACUGUUGUCUGCAACGGCAAGAUUGCCUACAAGCACAGCCCUUACCUCAAGAAGUGGGAGUACCUCAAGUCGCAGGUCCCCGAGUCGCAGUGGGCCGACUGCAAGUUCACCAUGCCUCCCGCUCCUUACUUCCAUCUUCGUCUUGCUCCCGGCAAGUGCUACCCCAAGGAGGUCUACCCCACCGAUGCCGCCUUCUUCGCCGACCUGGCCGAGUGCUACAAGAAGGAGUUCAAGGCCCUUCACGACGCUGGCCUCAAGAGCGUCCAGAUUGACGACCCCACUCUUGCCUACUUCUGCUCCAAGGACAUGCUCGAGGGUCUCAAGGCCGAUGGUGUCGACCCUGACGAGCUCUUCGAGCUGUACUGCAAGGCUCACAACGACUGCCUCGAGGGUCGUCCUGAGGGACUCCACGUCGGUCUCCACAUCUGCAGAGGCAACUUCUCCAAGUCGAUGCACUUCUCCCAGGGCUCGUACGAGCAGAUCGCCGAGAGAUUCUUCAAGACCCUCAACUACGACACCUUCUACCUCGAGUACGAUGAUGCCCGCAGCGGUGGCUUCGAGCCCCUCCGCUUCCUCCCCAAGAACAAGAACGUCGUUCUCGGUGUUGUCAGCACCAAGGUCGCCGACCUCGAGGAUGCCAAAGAGAUGAAGGACAAGGUCCUCGAGGCCGCCGACAUCAUUGCCAAGGGCCAGGGCGUCAGCCGCGAGCAGGCCAUGGAGUGCAUCGGUAUUUCCCCUCAGUGCGGUUUCGCCAGCACUGGUGUUGGUGCCGAGGCCAUGACCGAGGACAAGAUGUUCGCCAAGCUCGCCCUUGUCAAGAAGGUCGCUAACGAGCUCUGGCCCGACCGUGCCUAA